AUUUCCGCGCCCAUCGGUGCGGCGGUUGGUCGAGCAAGCGAAACCGUUUCUAGAACCUGAAACGUCGAGCCAGUCGAGUGGGAAGAAAUUUAGUAAUAGCGCCGAAUGUACUCAAGGCCACGUACCUUUCUGUGCCUGUGCCUGUGCCUGUGCCUGUGCCUGUGCCUGUGCCUGUGCCUGUGCCUGUGCCUGUGCCUGUGCCUGUGCCUGUGCCUGUGCCUGUGCCUGUGCCUGUGCCUGUGCCUGUGCCUGUGCCUGUGCCUGUGCCUGUGCCUGUGCCUGUGCCUGUGCCUGUGCCUGUGCCUGUGCCUGUGCCUGUGCCUGUGCCUGUGCCUGUGCCUGUGCCUGUGCCUGUGCCUGUGCCUGUGCCUGUGCCUGUGCCUGUGCCUGUGCCUGUGCCUGUGCCUGUGCCUGUGCCUGUGCCUGUGCCUGUGCCUGUGCCUGUGCCUGUGCCUGUGCCUGUGCCUGUGCCUGUGCCUGUGCCUGUGCCUGUGCCUGUGCCUGUGCCUGUGCCUGUGCCUGUGCCUGUGCCUGUGCCUGUGCCUGUGCCUACACAGCGACGAGCAUACCAACACUUAACAAUGCUGCAUCAAGUAUGCAUGAGCAGACGUUUAACCAAUCAAGCACAUGCUACACCGUUUUGUGCCGGGAUUCCACGAGAUUCCGCGGAAGUCAGGCAGGCUCAUGCGGGCUCUUCGCUAGCUCUGAAGCCCAUGCGCAGAGCAGGCCGUCUCUGCAUUGACCCGGAUUGAUGGCAGUGCCUGGAUAGCGAUAGCGAGUGAUUGGGAGGGUGUGCUGCAGCGUGUGUGUGCAGACUAUGGAGGACAGGGCACUUGUCCUGUCUUCCCCAGCCGUACGUCCGGCCUAGGUCUGUUUACGUAGGGAGCUAGAUGGGUUGACCCUGUCCUAUCCUGUACACCGUCCUGAGUGGUCAUCUGUUCUAGGCACAAACUCAACACAUUGCUUCGGCGUGUGGGGACGCGGCGUUGGCGAGAGCCACGAAUGGCCCUAUUACCGUAGGGGCAUGUCGCACCCGUGCAGGGCACUGUAACGAUGUCUCCUG